GCAUGCUAAAGUAGGGCGAAUUAAUCAAAUCUCCUAAUUGUAAUUAAGCACUUAGAAAGCCAUCCAUAUUAGAAGAUAAGUACAAGAAAUAAGAGAGAGAGAGAGAAGAGAGAGAAGAGUAUAGAGUAGAUCAUGUUUGUUGUGAAGUAGGUGAUGUAGACCCACCACCCUCUCUAAUGGCGUCGCAUGUCGUUCCUCACUUCUUGUUAACGGUGGUUGUGAGCCGCUAAACCCCCUCUCUCAAACCCCGCGAACCCGUCAAACCCAUGCCACUUCCCACACGAAACCCACUUUUCUCUCUCUCUCUCUCUCUCUCUCUCUCUCUCUCUCUCCCCCCUACCACCCCACCUUUUCCUCCCUCAUAUAUACUACGUACAGUCCCCUUAGUCGAACAAAUUAACCCAACACUACGCAGAAACCAAAAGCCAUGGUCGCCAUGAUGAGAAUCAUUGGUGGUGGUGGUAGUAGUACUAGUAGUAGUACUACAAGUACUAGGGUUGGUGGGGGGGAGAGAUACGCCGAGGGCCGUUCGAUCGUGGCGGAGCUCGAGGGGGGGCUCCUGAGGGACCCCGACCCCUUCCCCUACUUCAUGCUCGUGGCCUUCGAGGUCUCGGGCCUCGCGCGCUUCGCGGCGCUGCUGCUCCUGUGGCCGGCGCUCCGGGCGCUCCGGGCGCUGGGCAUGGGCGCGGCGGCGCUGCGGCUCGCGGCGUUCGCGGCCGUGGCCGGGGCGCGCGCGGCGGAGGUGGAGGCGGUGGCGCGCGCCGUGCUCCCCAAGUUCUACAUGGACGACGUGGACAUGGCCGCGUGGGGCGUCUUCAGCUCCUGCGGCGGCGGAGAAGGGCGGGGGAGGAAGAAGAGGAGGGUGGUGGUGACGACGUGGCCGCGGGUGAUGGUGGAGAGGUUCGCGAGGGAGCACCUCGGCGCGGACGAGGUGGUCGGGGCCGAGCUCGACGUGAACCGCUUCGGGUACGCGACCGGGUUGGUCCGACCGCUGGAGCCCGGCUCGGUUCGGGGCCGGGUCAGGGAGCUCUUUAAGGAGGAGGAGGAGGAGGAAGCCCCCGACGUGGGCCUGGGUCGACCGGGUUCGGCUAAUAAUUCAUUCUUAUCUCUAUGCAAGGAACAGUGUUAUCCGCCGUUCACCGGUGGCAACCGCGACGACGCCCACCAACAAAUCCGGCCUCUACCGGUGAUCUUUCACGACGGCCGCCUGGUGCCCCGCCCCACCCCGCUGACAUCCCUCAUAAUCCUCCUCUGGAUCCCCCUCGGUGCCAUCGUCGCCUUCGUCCGCAUCGCCGUCGGCCUCCUCGUCCCACUCUGGAUCAUUCCGCACAUCGCCCCAAUCUUCGGCGGCGCCGUCAUCAUCCGCGGUCGCCGUCCCCCUCCUCCUCUGCACCCUUCCUCCUCCUCCUCCGCGCCCUCUUCGUCCUCCGGUGUGCUCUUCGUUUGCACCCACCGCACCCUCAUGGACCCGGUGGUCCUCGCCACGGUGCUCGGCCGCAGAGUUCCCGCACUCACCUACUCCAUCUCCCGCCUCUCGGAGCUCCUCUCCCCCAUCCCCACCGUGCGGCUCACCCGCGACCGCAACGUCGACGCCGAGCGCAUCAAGGCCGAGCUCGCCAAGGGCGACCUCGUGGCGUGCCCCGAAGGGCGACCUCGCCGCGAGCCCUUCCUGCUCCGGUUCAGCGCGCUCUUCGCCGAGCUCACCGACCGGAUCGUCCCCGUCGCCAUGAACUACCGCGUCGGCUUCUUCCACCCCACCACCGCCAGGGGUUGGAAGGCCAUGGACCCCAUCUUCUUCUUCAUGAACCCGCGCCCCAUCUACGAGGUCACCUUCCUCAGCCAGCUGCCCGCCGAGGCCACCUGCUCCGCCGGCAAGAGCCCGCACGACGUCGCCAACUACGUGCAGCGCAUCCUCGCGGCCACGCUCGGCUUCGAGUGCACCAACUUCACCCGCAAGGACAAGUACCGGGUGCUCGCCGGGAACGACGGCACCGUCAGCAUGAACGCCGUGAAUGCGGUGGCGCCGUGGGCCCGGCGGGUGAAGGAGGUGCUCGGGUUUCUGCUGCACUAGCUAGCUAGCUGGUGUUCAUGUGAACAACAAUUUUACGGGAAGCUCGGGGCACCGUGAGACAGUCUAAUCCACCGUCCACACUUUUAAGUUGACCAUCUUUGCGGAGAGGCAGGCUUUUCGUAUGAUUCUUGUUCGAGUGGCAAAGGAGUUGAUGAGUGGGUUUUUCAUUUACAAUGCUAGCUACAAGUUCAAUUCGUGUAGAUAUAAAGCGGAUUAUUAUUGUUUAUGAUGAUUCAUUUCUUACAGUAUUUUUUUUUUUUUUUGAGAAAACAGGAAUGUACCCUAUUUGUGAUUUCUUACAGCAAUAACUGGCUCGAUUAAUUAUGUAGUCAAGGUGUAUAUAUGCAUGGUC